UUGGCGCUCAAAUACUCAAAAUCAAAACUAAAACUUAGUGAAAGUGUUUUGUUUCGUUCGAAGUAAAAGUUAAUGCUCAAUAUAUAUGCUCAUACAAUUUUCAUGUUAUUCCUGAGGAAUGGAUGUCUUUGGGUAUGAUUGAAGGGGAACAGUAUCCCUGUCCAGGUUUAGCUUUUAUUCCCAAAGCUGAUACGAAAUCCGCCAAAAAUAGUGCUGACUUGAUGCAGACACUAAAUACGUUGUAUGAGUGGACUAAUGUUGCUGCUUUAAAAUAUGUUGAAAAUACGGAUAAAUGGGAAGUAAUGGCUCUAGAUGGUACCAAGAGGCACUAUAUGAUUCCUCGUGUACGGCUCAUGUUCAAAGCGGACGAUCCGGAGACGUUUGCCCAACGCGUCAAAUUUGCUGUUGAUCUUAGAAAGGAGGUUGAGAAUAAUCUUAGAUUCUACUUGUACCUUGACUGCUUAUUACUCGAAGGACUGCCUAACAUACCGCGGCAACAUAUGCCUAAAAUAAUAAAAAUGGUAGUCAUUCAUCGGCAGGUGAAGGAAGUAGACGAAGAACAUAUGAAUUAUCUCAAACAUGAGGUGGAACUUCUCUACACAAAGAUGGAAGGAAAGAUGAAGAUAAUAUAUACUAUACAGAAAUACAGAGAUUUGUACAAUUUCAUAGAUGUACCGACACCAGACUAUGUGGCUCCCGUGCCAUUAUAUGGGAGGCUUCCAUGUGUAAUGGAAGAUUUCUUCGGUCGACUGAAAUAUAACCAGUGGUAUUCGUUGUAUGUUCUAACGGAGUCAGUGUCUUGCAUACAUCUGGUCGUCGAUGAGUGUCUAAAGGUUGAAUCGAUGUUGUUCUUCACAGCGAACUAUGGCAGAAACGCCAGUUUAGCUGAAUUUGACGCGGCACAACAGCACUGCACCUCAAUGAUGUUAAAAUAUCUCAACAUAUCCUGGCUGAAUCAGACCGCACAUGCUAUAAGGAUGUCGUUCCGAGAUGUCGGAAAAGGAUGGUUCAACAUAUACGAAAAAAAAUGGGAGUUCUAUGGAGUCAGUAAGCUGUGCAGAUUCAUGCAACUUGUAAGGUUUAGAAUGCAGUAUGCUCUUCGCUACUGCAUAGAACAGUCGAUGGCUAUGUAUCUGAAUAUGUUGGAGACUCCAUGCCUGUGCACCUAUAUCUGUGAAGAUGACUACGAAUGGGACUCUAAAGACCUCAUCAAUUCCCCCUUCCGCUCUCCCACUACUACCCUCUUCUACUUCCAUCUUAUGAUGUCUGUGGACGGACCUUAUUAUACCACGGAUCCAGCUCAAUUUGAGAUUGUUAUUCAAAGACUGUUCCGUGAGAUGUUGUACCGCUGCCAUUUCAUUGCACAAGUACAUCCUAUGAUCAUGACCGGUCUGGUCUUCGAUAAGGAGCUGUUCCUCACGUCUAUUGGUUUGAUGGAGCCAAACGUGGUGGAGACUCGAGAAAGAUUGCUGAAGGCGUACAGGAAAUCCAUUAUUCCCCUCAAAGCGUACAUGAGACAGUAUGCGUGUUAUAGAGAAAUAUACAUGUUGAACAUUGAAGAGUAUGUGGAAAACUUUCGUGCUGAGAAACAUUCCGCUUCUGAGACAAAAGAUGAAGUCCAAAUACACUAUGAUGCGAAACAAGACCUAAUAUGGAGACUACCUCAGUUUAUAAAUAUCGGGCCGUUUGCUCUGAACGUCGACUCUUUGAAGCAAAUGCUGGUUACCAAACGGUCCGAUAUUAUAAGGGCAUUGCUAGUAAUGUGGGCUGAGGAGGUGCGACUGGUGGUCGAUGACGUCAUUACCGCGUACAAGACCAUCAUGCGCAAGUUGGGAGAGAAACCGAACACUAUUGAACAUGUGUUUGAGAUUAGAGAAUGGAUGGAGUCUAUACCGUUUGCUUUAAAGACUCAGGACGACAUCAUGAGGAAGGUUCACUCGGAUUAUGAAGUACUAGAACAUUUCUUCAUGCCUCUGGAAAACGAAGACUUCAGGGCUCUUUGGGAAGCUGUCGGGUGGCCACUACAAAUAACUAAACAGGUGGACGAGACGAUACUCUUCCUAGAGGAAGAACAGGAGAAAUUCUGGAAGCUCCACCAACAAGAUGAACAAACUCUAUAUGAUAAGAUCGAUAUGUUCACCGCUCAGUGUAUGACACUUACUCUACAAAACGACUUCUCUAAGGUGCAUGAGAUAGCAAAUGAUAUAAAGAAGGCUUGGAAGGCGAUGAAGGAUGCUCAGGACUGGGGUCGCAUUCUCAAUCAACGGCAGAAACUCUUUGGUCAACCUGUAGUACCAUUUGCGGAUCUCAACAAACUUGUGAAGGAGUUUGAACCUUAUAGGAACCUUUGGGUUACUGCAUCAGAUUUCUUGAAAGCUCGCGAAGUAUGGUUGGACAACCCGUUAAUGUACGUAGACGCGGACACCAUAGAGCCAUUGGUUAACGAAUACUACAGGACAAUCGUCAAGUGUGUGAGAGUAUUCCAGGAUAUGCCCAAAGUGCAGCAAGUCGCCGUCACUAUAAGGGACUACAUAGAUGCCUUUAGGCCACUGAUACCCAUUAUACAAGCCGUCAGAAACCCUGGAAUGAAGGACAGGCAUUGGAACGAGUUUAUGGAGAAAGCUGGUAUAACGGUGACUAUGAACGAAAAACAAACCUUCCAAAUGUGCAUAAAGCAAGGGGUGGCCGCUCAUGGGGAGUUGAUCGCAGAGAUUGGUGAACUCGCCAGCAAAGAGUACGUUAUUGAGCAGUGCCUGGAUAAAAUGCAAGGAGAUUGGGCCAACAAGGUUUUGGAAGUCAGCGCGUAUAAGAAUACUGGUACUUAUAUCAUGAAGAUAGCAGACGAAACUAUGCAAUUGCUUGACGAACAUCUCCUGGGCACUCAGCAGUUAGGUUUCAGUCCUUUCAAAGCGGCGUUUGAACUACGCAUCCAGGAAUGGGAUGAUAAACUACGACUGACUCAGAGGGUAGUUGAUGAGUGGAUAGAAUGCCAGAAAGAAUGGAUGUACUUGGAGCCUAUUUUUACUUCGGAAGAUAUAGCUAGGCAACUGCCCAUGGAAACCAAGAAAUACGGCACUAUGGAGAGGAUCUGGAGACGCAUCAUGUCGUCUGCCGCUGCCUGUCCUAAGAUCAUGAUUAUAUGUCCGGACAGUCGGUUGUUGGACAGUUUGCAAGAAGCCAUUCACUUAUUGGCGGUAGUGUCUCGAGGACUCAACGAGUACCUAGAACUGAAGCGGUUGAGGUUCCCGAGAUUCUUCUUCCUCAGUGAUGAUGAAUUGCUGGAGAUUCUUUCACAGUCUCGCAACCCAAGGGCAGUACAGCCUCAUCUCAGGAAGUGCUUCGAAAAUAUUGCCAAGGUUACCUUCCAGUCGGACCUCACGAUCAUUGAAAUGCACUCCAGUGAGGGAGAGAUCGUUGAACUUAAGUACAAGUUCCGUCCAACUUCUAACGUGGAACAGUGGCUGCUUCUACUUGAAGACACCAUGAAGAACACCAUCCGUCUGACAUUGGUUGAGGCUUUGGAAGAGUUGUGGUUAAUACCUCGUGUGGAGUGGGUGCUGCGUUGGCCAGGUCAAGUGGUCAUCGCUGGAUCGCAGACCGCUUGGACCGCUAAUGUCGAAAAAGCUAUAGAAGAAUACAGAAUGGAAUUCUACUUUGAAGAAAAUCUGAAACAGCUGGAUACUCUCCGCGCUUUAGUAAAGGGAGAGCUGACGUACUUCCAACGCGAGGUACUCUGCGCCCUGAUCGUGGUGGAGGUGCACGCGCGAGACGUCACCAAGAGCUUAGUUGACGAGAAUGUCCGAUAUAACACCGACUUCCAAUGGAUCUGCCAACUUCGGUAUUAUCAGGUAGUAAAACCUAUGUAUCCAUUGGAGCCGGGUGAGGAGCCGGACAUAUUCCAGGAUGAGGUGAGACUAGAUACGAGCAGGUACUACCGCCAGUUCAGUCAGAACAGCUGCAACGUGAAAGCCCUUAAUUCUGUUUUGCCCUACCAUAAUGAAUACCUCGGUAACAGUGGCCGGCUAGUGAUCACUCCGCUGACGGACCGGUGCUACCUGACUCUGAUGUGUGCGAUGCACCUCAAGUUCGGUGGUGCUCCUGCUGGCCCUGCUGGCACCGGAAAGACUGAGACUACUAAGGAUUUGGCAAAAGCUUUAGCAGUGCAAUGCGUGGUAUUCAACUGUUCAGAUCAGCUCGACUUCAUGGCUAUGGGGAAAUUCUUCAAAGGAUUGGCUGCGUCGGGUGCGUGGGCAUGUUUCGACGAGUUCAAUCGUAUUGACAUUGAAGUACUAUCGGUUGUGGCCCAACAGGUGGCGACUAUACAGAAAGCUCAAAUAUCAAAUCUGGAUCGGUUCAUGUUUGAAGGUGUGGACCUCCCUCUGAAACGCUCCUGCGCUGUCUUCAUCACUAUGAACCCUGGAUAUGCUGGUCGUACAGAGUUACCGGAUAACCUGAAAGCAUUGUUCCGACCUAUCGCGAUGAUGGUACCAGAUUACGCCCUGAUCGCUGAGAUCUCUCUCUUCUCCUUCGGUUUCUCUGAAGCCAAGAUCCUAGCUGGAAAGAUUACCACCACUUUCAGACUUAGUUCUGAACAACUUUCUGCCCAGGACCACUAUGAUUUCGGUAUGCGAGCCGUGAAGACGGUGAUCACGGUCGCCGGCAAUUUGAUACGGCAGAUGCCAGACGGUGAUGAACGACAGAUAGUUCUCCGAGCAUUGAGAGAUGUAAAUGUACCGAAGUUCUUAGCUAACGAUUUGGUGUUGUUCAACGGUAUAAUAUCGGAUCUGUUCCCACGCGUGGAGGUGCCUGUAGUGGACUACGGUAUUAUGGAAACGUCAAUAAGAAACAUGCUCAUCAAAAGAGGAUACGACGACCUUUAUUCGUUUAUAUUUAAAGUGAUUCAGCUGUAUGAGACGACGGUGGUGAGGCAUGGGCUCAUGUUGGUCGGGCCGGCAGGAGCUGGGAAAACUAAGUGUUACGAGACUCUUCGUGACGCAUUGACUGCGAUCAAGGGGAAGUUGGCUCCCGACGGGUUCCCAUUCACGCCGGUGCAUACUUUCGUUGUCAACCCCAAGUCUAUCACCAUGGGUCAGCUCUACGGAGAGUUCGACCUGCAAACCCAUGAAUGGACGGACGGGAUUCUCUCAAGUUUAGUCCGGCAAGGUAUUGCUGUAGAAGAUAUGGACAAACGCUGGUACGUCUUCGAUGGUCCAGUGGACGCCGUGUGGAUUGAGAACAUGAAUACGGUAUUAGACGACAACAAGAAGUUAUGUUUGUCUAGCGGCGAGAUAAUGAAGCUGACUGAACGUCAGCGUAUGAUCUUCGAAGUGGCUGACCUGACGGUGGCCUCGCCCGCCACCGUGUCCCGUUGCGGCAUGGUGUACUUGGACACACAAGUAGUCGGUCUACCACCUCUUGUUAACGCCUGGAUAAAGAGCAAUCUUCCUCCGAUAGCAGAUCCCAUCCGCAAGCUGAUAGUGCCUCUCAUCACAACGUACUUGUACCCUGCACUGGAACUGUUGCGUGCUGAGAUGACGGAGAUCGUGGCCUCCAUAGACUCGGCCCUGGUCCUAAAGUUCCUCGAGCUGCUGGACUUUAAACUCAGGCCUCUGACUGGAAAGGACGAUAGGCCACCACCACCAGCCAACUUCCUUGCUUUGAUGCCUCGUUUGGCGCCCUUGUGGGUAAUCUGGUCCAUUAUUUGGUCUGUGGGAGCGACGUGUGACCUCAACAGUCGCGGUAUAUUCUCUGAAUUCAUAAGAAAAGCCACUGUUGAAAAUGGACUCAAGCCUUUGUUCCCGGAAGUAGGAAGAGUCUAUGAUUAUACGCUCCAUGAUGGGGGUUUCACAGACCCGACUGAAGACGGAGAGCCAGCCCCUCCCUACUGGUACAACUGGAUGGCGAAUAUGGCACCUUACGUAGUCGAUUCCGAAUGGCAGUACGCAGACAUUGAAGUCCCAACACUGGAUAACGUACGAAGCCAAGCGAUACUAGGCUAUAAGAUCACAAACUACAACCAUGUCAUAUGUGUGGGACCCACUGGUACAGGCAAGACGGUCACCAUCACUGCGAAACUGGCACACGGAUUGCACAAGAAAUUCAUAUGCGAAUUUCUUGUAUUCUCAGCCAGGACAUCUGCUAAUCAGACUCAGGACGUGAUAGAUGGAAAGCUGGAGCGUCGUCGGCGUGGUGUGUUUGGCCCGCCUCCUACCAAGCGCCAGGUGUUCUUCAUAGAUGAUCUGAACAUGCCUGCACUCGAAGUGUACGGAGCUCAACCUCCCAUCGAAUUGUUAAGACAGUUCAUGGACUUUGGAGGUUGGUACGACCGACACAAUAUCGGUGAUUUUAUGACGCUGGUGGACGUGGGUAUCGUAGCGGCGAUGGGCCCGCCUGGCGGUGGCCGCAACCCAGUUACCAUGCGUCUUAUGCGACACUUCCACUACAUCUCCUUCACAGAAAUGGAAUAUUCCAGCAAGUAUGGAAUUUUCGACACAAUCCUUAAAUCUUGGACUCGAAAUUUCGAUCCAGCGAAAGCGAUCAAUCUAAAGGAGGGGCCGUUCCUCAAAGCUUCUUUAGAUAUUUUCAGUGCUUUAGUAGAAGAGUUAUUGCCUACUCCUACAAAGUCACAUUACACUUUCAAUUUGCGAGACCUUAGCAAAGUAUUCCAAGGGAUGUUGAUGGUGGACCCAAAAUUUGUGAAUGAUGUAGACGAUGUGAUCAGGUUGUGGUACCAUGAACACCAGAGGGUGUAUCAGGACCGACUGGUCAACGACACUGACCGUAAAUGGUUCACUGAUUUAAUGAAUAGCAAGUUACGUUCAGAAUUUAAUAGAGACCCAGCGGAUUUGUUGGCUAACCGGUUGAUGUUGUUCGGGGAUUUCAUGGACCUCGGCGCUGAUGAUAAGAAGUAUAUCGAAAUUGUGGACAAAGAUGAGUUGGAUGAAGUGUUGGCGCAUUACCUCGACGAGUACAAUAUAGCGACCACGGCUCCUCUCGACUUGGUAUUGUUCGAAGACGCCGUGGCCCAUCUCUGCAGGAUAGCGCGCAUCAUGAGACAACCCAUGGCUAAUGCAUUGCUUUUAGGCAUGGGGGGGUCAGGUCGCCAGUCGUUGUCUCGCUUGGCAGCUAACAUGGCGGAGUUGAUUUGCAUUCAGAUCGAGAUCACGAAGGCCUAUGGGUUCACGGAGUGGCGCGAGGACCUCAGGUUGACCAUGAUGAAGGCAGGCGCUGAGAAUAGAGGCAUUGUGUUCUUAUUCUCUGAUGCACAGAUAAAAAUGGAAUCGUUCCUUGAGGACCUAAAUAACAUCCUGAGUUCGGGUGACGUGCCAAAUAUAUACGAGCCGGAAGAUUUGGACAAGAUAUACCAGUCAGUGCGGCAUGCUGUGAUGGAAAUGAACCUGGCAGCCACCAAGACCAACCUGUUCGGUUGCUAUCAGAAAAGAGUUAGGAGCAACAUGCAUAUUGUUAUAGUCAUGAGCCCUAUUGGAGAGAUAUUCAGGUCUCGUCUCCGCCAGUUCCCGUCCUUGGUGAACUGUUGUACCAUCGAUUGGUUCAGCGAAUGGCCGAAGUCUGCCCUGGAGUCGGUUGCGUACCAUUUCUUCGAGAGUAUGGGAGAACUCACAGAGGCUUCCAAUGAAAUACUCACGUCUAUGGUGUCAGUUUGUUGCUUCGCGCACCAAUCUGUGGUGGAAGCUAGCGAGCGGUUCAAGGAACAACUGAACCGCAUCAACUACGUGACGCCCAUGUCCUACAUGGAGAUGUUAGGCGCCUACUCUGAAAUGUUCCGUAAGCAACAGAAGGCCAUACUGAAAGAGUCCAGUGCGCUGAAAACAGGUUUGCACAAGUUGAAUCAAACAGAAGUAGAAGUGAAGGAGCUUCAGAUCGAGUUGGCGGAUCUGAAACCCUUAAUGGAGAAGGCGGCUGAGGAAACCAGACAGGUCAUCGAACAGAUCGCCACUGAUACUGCGAUCGCUGAAGAAGCUCGCGAGAAAGUUGAGAAGGAGACUGUGAUGGCGGAAAAACUGGCUGCUAUUAAUGCAGCCAUUUCAGAAGAUGCACAGAGAGAUUUGGAGGAAGCAAUGCCAGCGCUGCGUGCAGCUGAGAAAGCGCUUCAAGAGUUAAAUCGUAAUGAUGUAGUGGAAGUUAAAGCCAUGAAGAAACCACCAGCGGGAGUCGUACUGGUCAUCGAGUCUCUUUGUGUUGUCUUUGAUAUCAAACCAAUAAAGGAGCCAGGUGCAUCGUUUGGCGAAAAGGUCCUAAACUACUGGAAACCUGGUUCACUAAUGUUAUCUGACCCAACGGCAUUCCUUGAGUCCCUUAUAAAGUUCGACAAAGAAUCAAUUACAGAAGACAUGAUCAAAAAACUCAAAAGAUUCAUCCAGAAUCCAGAUUACGACCCUGCGAAGAUUUUGAAGGUGUCCAAGGCCUGUCAAUCGCUGUGCAUGUGGGUGCAUGCUAUGUAUAAAUUCUACCACGUCAACAAAGGCGUUGCCCCCAAGAAGGAAGCCCUGGCCAGGGCUACUGCAGACUUGCAAGUAGUUGAAGCCAUGCUGGCGUCUGCUAAAGCGAAAAUGCAGGCGUUGCUGGAGGGCAUCGCGAAGUUAAACGCAUACCUCAUUGAGAAGGAGGAGGAGAGGAAACGGAUGGAAGAAGACAUCAACCAGUGUUUGGCGAGGAUGGAUCGCGCUAACAGGUUACUGAAUGGUUUGUCAAGCGAACGCGUCAGAUGGAUCAAGACGAUUGAGGAUUUGGACAUCGCCAAAGUUAACUUGAUAGGAGACAUAUUACUUAGUGCAUGUGCUGUAGGAUAUAUUACGCCGUUUACAGACGAAUUUAGAAGAACACUUCUUAGCGAAUGGAUUCAGCACAUUCAAUCUGUGGAGGUCCCCCAUACGCCAGGCGCCACCCCUCUUAAAACGCUCGGAGAUGCUGUGCAAAUCAGGACGUGGCAGAUGUACGGGCUGCCCCGGGACCCGAUGUCCGUGGAGUCGGCGGUGCUUAUGUCGAACUCCCGCCGCUGGCCGCUCAUCAUAGAUCCUCAGACGCAAGCCAAUAAGUGGAUCCGAGCCAUGGGUAAAUUGGAAGGUUUAGUCGUAUGCAAGCCAAAUGACAGAGAUUUACUAAGGAACUUCGAGUCUGCACUCAGAUUCGGCAAGCCAAUACUACUGGAGAAUGUAGGAGAAGACAUAGACCCAGCCUUAGAUCCUGUAUUAAAGCGUCAAUAUUUCCGUCAAGCGGGUCAAUUAGUGCUGAAAUUAGGGGACUCCCUGAUUCCAUUUAUGGCUGGUUUUAAGCUGUAUAUCACUACUAAGCUGCCGAACCCCAAGUAUAAGCCUGAGACCUCCGUAAAAGUUAUGGUCGUGAACUUUGCUCUGGUACCCAGUGGUCUAGCAGAACAGCUCCUAUCGAUCGUGGUGGCUCAAGAACGACCUGAUCUUGAAGAACAGCGCGGUCAGCUGAUCGUAUCUCGAGCACAAAUGGCUUCCCAACUUGCUGAGAUGCAGGCAGACAUCUUGUACGGUCUCUCUAACAGUGUUGGCUCGCCUGUGGACGACGUACCGCUUAUCUUGACUCUUGAGGCCAUUAAAAUCAAGAGUGCUGAGAUUCUUGUAAAAGUAGAAGACAUAGAGCGUACAACGUUAGAGAUAGACGAAGCUCGCAGCGGCUAUGUACCAGUGGCCGACCGCGGGUCUAUUCUAUUCUUCUGUCUGUCUGACAUGGCCAAUGUCGAUCCAAUGUACCAAUACUCUUUAGAAUGGUUCGUCAAACUUUUUGUAAGGGCUAUGGCGGAAACUGAACCUAAUGAGGAUAUAGUGGAACGUGUAGACGUGAUAAUAGUACACUUUACGUUCAUAUUAUACCAAAACGUUUGCCGCAGUCUGUUUGAGCGUCACAAGUUAUUGUUCGCGUUCUUACUGUGUGCGCGUAUACUAUUGGAUAAGGGUGUCAUUCGAUAUGAUGAGUUCAAUUUCUUACUCAAUGGAGCGAACCUGGACACCGAAGAACCGAAUCCGGAUCCGAAGUGGAUAUCUCCAAGGGUGUGGCUGGAGAUACAGCAGUUGGGCACUGUUACCACAAUGAAAGCAAUUGUACAGGACUUCACGAAUCAAGCCAAGUUCUUCAGAACAUUUUACGACUCUCACAUUCCACAUAAGUUGCCGUACCCAAAACCGUUGGAUAGUCAGUACGAUCAUUUCCAGAAACUACUCAUCCUAAAAUGUCUUCGGCCUGAUAAGAUCAUACCAGGGUUCCAGGACUAUGUUAUGAUAGGCCUGGGAGCCAGGUUCGUGGAGCCCCAACCAGCAGACCUGGCGGCUCUCUACGCCGAGUCAGAUCCUCUUGCACCCAUUAUCUUCGUGUUAUCUACCGGAACUGAUCCUGCAGCUGAUUUAUUAAAGUUUGCGGAGAAGAUGAAGAUGGGCAAGCGUUUUGACAGUAUUUCCUUGGGUCAGGGUCAAGGGCCGCUGGCUGAAACUAUGAUGAGAGUCGGCUGUGACUUCGGAAACUGGGUGUUCUUUCAGAAUUGCCACCUGUCUCCAUCAUGGAUGCCAGUUUUGGAGCUGAAUGUGGAACAUAUCCAACCUGAACUGGUCCAUAAAGAUUUCCGUCUAUGGCUUACUUCUACACCAUCACCCCACUUUCCGGUCGCUUUACUGCAGAAUGGUUACAAAAUGACAGUGGAGCCACCGAGAGGCAUAAAAGCGAACUUGCUAAAGGCCUACAUGAAUCAAGUACCUGAUUUCCUCGAAUACUUCAACUCACAGGAUCCUAAAGUCCCCAAUUUUAAGUGGCUUCUGUUCUCCCUCUGUCUGUUCCACGGCGUGGUGAUAGAGCGUCGUAAGUUUGGACCUCUUGGCUUCAACAUACCUUAUGACUUCACCGAUGGGGACCUCAGGAUAUGCAUUUCACAGCUCCACAUGUUCCUUAAUGAAUAUUCGGAAGUACCUCUUAGGAUGUUGACAUAUACAGCUGGACAUAUCAACUACGGCGGUCGGGUGACCGACGAUUGGGAUCGUCGAUGCCUAUUGUGUUUGCUAGCAGACUACUAUACUUUGACCGUUCUUACUGAUCGGUACGUUUAUGAUGAGAGCGGGGCAUACAAACAGCAAUCAGCAUCGGCGAACAUUGAUGACUACACGAAGUAUAUUCGUACUCUGCCUUUGAACGAUGAUCCCGCCCUCUUUGGGUUGCACGCCAAUGCUAAUAUCAGUUACGCUAAUGCUGAAACCACGACAUGUCUUACCACGCUUCGAGACCUGCAACCGAAGGAGGCUGUGGCUGCAGGCGGUGCCUCCAUAGAGACUAUCAUCGAACAGGCUGCUAAGGACAUCAUCAAAAUGUUACCUGAGCUUCUCGAUACCGAUCACAUCUCCAAAACAUAUCCAGUGUCGUACAAAGAAUCUUUGAACACUGUAUUGAUACAGGAAGCUAAUCGCUAUAACAAGCUGCUGGGCGUCAUAAAGACUUCUUUGCAGGAUCUCCUGAAAGCCUUGAAAGGUUUGGUGGUAAUGUCUGAAGCCCUGGAGAACAUGGCUGGAAGUCUAUCCAAAAAUGUGGUGCCUGCGAUGUGGAGCUCUAAAGCAUAUCCUUCAUUGAAACCCCUCGCUGCCUGGGUAAAGGACCUAUGCCUUCGAGUGCAAUUCAUGAAGGACUGGGCAGCACAUGGCAUUCCCAAGGUGUUCUGGAUAUCUGGCUUCUACUUCCCGCAGGCGUUCCUCACGGGAGCUCUGCAGAACUACGCUAGAAAGCAUGUGAUUGCCAUCGACACUGUCGCCUACGCGUUUGAGGCUCUACCACAGCCUCCAACUAAGAAGCCCGAGGAUGGAUGCUGUGUCCGCGGGCUGUACCUCGAGGGCGCGCGGUGGAACGCAAGCGACAUGUCCUUGGAAGAGAGCCGACCUAAGGAACUGCAUAUUGAAAUGGCGAUUUUAUACAUGAAACCAGAACAGAAUCACCGUCUCCAGCCGAACCUAUACGAGUGCCCGACAUACAAAACCUUACUCCGAGCUGGUACAUUGUCCACCACUGGGCACUCUACGAACUACGUGAUGACCAUCGAACUGACCACGCACAAGCCACAACAACAUUGGAUCAAAAGAGGCGUGGCUCUGUUUUGUGCUCUCGAUUAUUAGACUUAGUAUUUUAAACUGUCAAACACCAAGCGGUCACCGGUGACCGCAACCUAUUGUUCUUUA